AUGAUUCAGUAUCGAGAUGCAGCACUAUUGCGUAGGCGUUCAUUGCGUUCCAUGUCGCUGCUAGGAUCAAUAUUCGGUAUUGGUGAAUUUGAGGGCGCACGUAAUACGUCGCUGAGCCGAAGUACGAGUAAACAACAAGCCUAUAAUGUGACGCUACUGGAUUAUGUGAGCAUGAACUCGCACCCAAAGUUUAUGCUGCAAAAGGUGUUGGAAGAUGAUGCGUCUUUUCUCAUGGGUCACGUGCUAGUUGGUGCUAGUCAGUGCCUCGCUCCUCUCAUUCAUCAAGAUGCAUUGGACGCUACAGUUCGACUUCAAGUGGCGACUACAAUCGCUCAGACAGAGAAAGCGACAAGUGCCGAGAAGAUGCACGUACUGGCAUUAGAUGCGAUGGUGCACGGUCGUCAUUACGAGGCUGCUGCAUUGUAUGAGACCAUCUUGAUGCACGAUUAUACGGAUCUGCUGGCGUUGCGCUGCUGCUACGAUAUUUAUCGAUUUCUUGGUAACUACAAAAACAUGUUGGCGGUAGUGACACGAAGGCUGCCGUCGUGGUCUCCGAAAGACGUUGGAUAUAGUCACUUGUUGGGUAUGCAAGCGUACGGGAUGCAAGCUGCUGGGCGGCUGGAUGCUGCAGAGGCACUAGCGGAGAAGGCGUUGUCAAUGAAUGGAAAUGAUCGCUGGGCAUUACACACCAUACUGCACGUAUUAGAAGCGCGAGGCAAUGCCAACCACGGAGCCAGCUACGCCAAUCAAUUCAAGGCAAGUUUUGACAAUGGUGGGCCACUGGAGCGUCAUCUGUACUUCCAAUGGGCAUUGUACAUGCUGGAUCUAGGCCACUACGACCGCAUCAAUAAGAUGCUGGAAGUCAACAUCUUUCCGUACCACCCUGACGGCACAACCCAUGCAAUCCCCAAUCUAUGUGACGCCACUCAGCUCUACUGGAGACUACGCUUUGCAGGUCAAGACACUUCAGAGCUAGGUGAGCAGCUUCUUCAGAACUGGUCUUCCAUAUCUCCAUCUUGGAGCUCGGAUGGAGUAGAGGUGUCAAAAGCUCGUCUGCACCCUCUCGCAAACGUACUCCGCUACAGCAUUUUGUCAUGCGUGCCAUCGAGUACUCCGCCACCAGAACCGCUGACGCUGGAACCUGCUAUUGACACCAAUCGUUUAGAGGCUCAGCUGGGCUUUACCCCUAUCCAGUUUAGUUUUCCUCCCAAUCCAGGUGAAGUCGAGGAGGUGCAUACCAACGUUUGCAAAGCUUUCCAAGCGUACGCAGAGGCUCGAUUCAACGAUGCUACCAUAGCGUUGCUGCCUGUGCGCGAAAAGCUUGGACUCCUUGGUGGAACCGAAGUAGACCAAGAUGUGGUGGAGCAAUUACUCAUUGAGUGCGCUAGCAAGUGCGACGAUCUGCGACUUGUAAAGCUACUUCUUAACGAACGGCUGAGCGCUAGGCCACAGUGUGCACAAUGCUGGAAUACGUUCUCGUGUGUGUCCGCAGCCAUGGGAGACUCAUCAGCCGUGCGCGAUGCACAGGGCAUGAGCUAUGUGCUUGGACUGGGGCAAGGUGGCAACCGGACAUACUAG